AUGACCAUUGCCAACUGUACAGUGGCCAGGAUCCUUGUGGACAAUGGGAGUUCAGUUGACAUCCUGUACUAUGAUGCAUUUGAGAAGAUGCAACUGAACCCCGAGAUGCUGAAGAGGGUGGAGUCUCCACUUUAUGGAUUCAAUGGUGCACCUGUGCACGUGGAGGGUUCAAUUAAAUUGUUGGUGACAGUGGGGACAGAACCCAAACUCUCCACGGUGAUGAUGAACUUUUUGGUGGUGAAGGUUAACUCUACCUAUAACGGGAUACUUGGCCAACCAGGACUCAAUAACCUGUCAGAGUUAGCAGAGGAUUUGAUCCCGGUAGAAAUUGUCGAGGGAGAUGGAAGCUGCACGGUACCGAUUGGAGUAGGCCUGAAGGGCGAACGAAAGAAGAGCCUGAUAAAUUUCUUAAGGAAUAAUGCUGAUGUAUUCACGUGGUCGGCUAUAGAUAUGCCUGGGGUUGAUCGGGAAUUAGCCGAGCAUAGGCUAAGCAUUUACCCAACAUCCAAGCCAGUUUUCCAGAAGAAAAGGACCUUUGCACCAGAACCACAAGAGAAGGUGAUUAAAGAAGUGAUCAAGCUACUGGAAGCAGGGUUCAUAGAAGAAGCAAUGUAUCCUGAGUGGCUUUCCAAUGUUGUAAUGGUGCCAAAGCCUAAUGGCAAGUGGCGCCAUGAAAUGUUAAGUUUCAUGGAUGCCUGUUCUGAGAUUAAAAUGUAUGAACCAAAUAUAUUGAAGGCCUCCUUCAUUGCUGGUAGAGAUACUUACUGUUAUACACGCAUGCCCUUUGGGUUGAAAAUGUUGGUGCCACCUAUCAACGCUGCACGGAAGCUGAGCCCUUACUUUCAAGCUUAUACCAUAGAGGUGGUGACAAUCCAACCAUUAAAGAAAAUUAUGGCAAAGCCCGAUCAUUCUGGACGUAUGGUGGCAUGGUCAGUAGAGCUUGGCAAAUUUGAUGUCCAGUACAAACCCUGUACGGCUAUCAAGGCAUAA